AUGGAGUCGUUAUGGUCUAGCUAUCAAGCAUUAAGCUGUAACUCGGAAGAUGGGUUCGUCUAUAACAGCAGCAAAUAUCAUCAGAAGUCAUCUACUGGUGAAAAGUCAGUUAUUAAUAAUGUAAGCAAAUUCUAUCCACCUACCCCGACCGACCAUAAAGAAAGGUCAGUAAAAACGAUCAUUGCUUUGGGCAAUGGUGUGUUUAAUACUAGUUCACAAGGCAACAGGUCGUCGCCCGCGUUGAAGAGGUAUUGUGGGCAACAGUUAGAAGUAGUAAUGGUUGAUGAAUACCUCACCAGCUAA